UAAGGGACGUACUGAAAUCAGUAGGCAUCCAUUGGAGUUGCAAUUCCCACAACCAAAAUGUUCCCAGGCCAGGUUGCCUAUGACUUGUUCGAUUCUCUCCAGGCCCUGUGUCGGGUCUAGUCUUUACAUAAUAAAUCAUUUGCGUAUGCUCAUUCCUGCUGUGGGAGUCGUCGGACCGUCAGCAGAAGAUCGAGCCAAAACAAGAAAGCCCCACAAAGUCCAGCGACUCAAGAUAGUGCAGAUGUUUCAACCCUAG